AUGACUUCAUCCGACCAUCACCGUAGCCUCUCAAAUGCUGGCUCCCCGCAUCGACGUAGUUCGUCUAGAGAGCAUCACCGAAACUCAUCUCUAGGAGGAGAGCCAUCCCAAACUCACCAUAGCUCUUUACUUCCAAACAUUCUCCCAACUCCAGCGGUCAUCGAAAGCGUGGCUGGCGCAGCGCAUUUCACAGGAAGUCAUGUCGAACCUCUGAAGCACCGCCAUAGCAGCCAUGAACACCACGAAGCUCAUACAAUUCUCAAGGCUGAUCAUCGAAAGCUACUCGAUGAUUUACGGGAGCUCUAUGAAUGUCGCCCUGUACCGGCUAUCUUUACCCGCUCAUGGCACCCCGACGCUGUGUAUGAGACUCCCUUGGUCAAGUGUCGCGGUUUCCGACAGUAUGCAGCACAAUUCUAUGCUUUGGCAGUCCGCAGCACUGCGCAGACCGUCUUCCCUCACCCCAUGCAUGUCGAUGCUGGACCCGAAUCGCGCGCUACACGGAAGGGCAGGGAGCGUGAUGCAAUCCCAAAAGAGCUCCAGCCCACCAAUAUCGACCAGCAACUCAUAAUGGCUAAACGACGGGCAGCCAGAGUCGAUGCUACGCGUACAAGAGAGAGGCCUCCUCCGCAGUCUAGAAAGCAACCCAAUCCGCAGCUGGUUGUCUCUGCUCCAAACAUCGACUCAGAUACACCCGACGCUGACGACUUUUCUCGUCGUCUUCAAAUUUCCUCCUCUCCCACCCGCAAUCCAUCAAAGCAGGCAGCUCAACCUACUCGCCUCUAUAAUCCAGACAGAGAUCCGAUUCCAAUGCGACGGACAGCUGAGCCCGAAAACAUGUCGGAUGCAGCCAGUUCAUCUUAUGUUUCUCGUGGUGCAGUCAAGUCGAGUCCACCAAGAGAGACUGCUGGUAGACAACUAUUCGACCCUAGAAAGGAUGACCCUGUUCGUUUUGUCCUCCGUGGCAAGCCACCCCCGACGCCAAAAUCGUCCGCUGAAUACGUAUCUGCUUCGUCGACCUCUUCGUAUGCCGCCUCGAUGGCCUCCUCCAACUUUACUCUCUCGUCCACAACAGAUGGCUCCUCGGCGUCAUCCGCGCUUUUCGACCGAAAAAGUAAUCCCAACGGCGACGAUCGUGGCACCAACGUCUUUGCUGCGCAACUGAAGAAACUGUACCGUGCCAUCACCGAUCUUGAAACCAAGAUAAAGCAACAAGAUACGGAUGAAGUCGAAGACUCUGGCCGCGUCCUUCUGAAGACGAGGGACGGAGAGAGUGACCAAGUUGAGCGCGACAAGGAACGAGAGAAAUGGAAACGUCAAAUCGAGGACCAUAAAGAGCUUGCGGAGCUCAUACAUAAUCUUCUUGCUAUCUCCCUUGCUCCUAGCGUUCCGGCAUCUCUUCGCAAUAUUCCGACCAAAUAUAACAUCAUCAUUCGCCUGUGGUCUUUCGCUUUCCACAAACUCCUUGAAUCUCUCCGUCGAGCCUCCUUUACCUCUGCUCUCGCCUUGGAACACCUUCAAGAUUUCAUCUAUUAUGCCUAUACUUUCUACACUGGACUUUUGGAGGAACCUACCCUCAACUCAUUCAAGAGUGGCUGGCUGGAAGCCCUGGGGGACCUAGCGCGAUACAAAAUGGCCGUAGCUGCUAUGGUUGUAGGCGGAUCUGACGCCGGACAUCUCCUGACUACGGCCGCGGUUUCCGCAGCGGGGACUGACACAUUAGCCCCGCCUGACGCUACCCCAGCAAAAUCAAUUAGCGAUGCCCCCGCCGCCCGCAUCGACGAUUCUCCAUCACCAAGCAUUGGCGUCGCUGCAGCUCGCUUGCUUGAUGUCGAGCCAGAGAAAGAGCGAUGGAGAUGUAUCGCACGUGACUGGUAUGGCAUGGGAAUCGCUGAUCAACCUGGUCAUGGUAAAUUGCACCACCAUCUCGGACUUCUUAGUCGUGAGGUUGAUCGAGAGGAACUGCGCGGCGUUUACCACUUCGUCAAGAGGCAAGUUCAAUCUAUGACGACCCUCCACCCGUUCAUGACCUCCCGCGAGUCUGUACUCCCUAUGUGGUCGGCGAGUGCCCAAGCACGAAGAGCGCUUCCCGAAGCGCGGCAGGUUGACUUAUUCAUCCUGUUACACGGAAUGCUUUUCACAAACAUCCAACUCGAUGACUUCCCAGCAACAUUGGGCCGGUUUAUCGAGAGGUUAGAAAUUGAGGGAGCUGAUGAACGCGACUGGACGAUGAUGGCCGUGAUAAAUAUUUGUGCCAUUCUGGAGUACGGGAAGGUUACAGGUGUCCUCAAGAAAGCUGGAGGUCUCGGCACACGCGAACCAGCUUCGACUGCGUCAGCAAUGCGAGUGAUGUCCAAACGAAAUCAAGCCGACGACGACAAGAAUAAAAUGGAUGUUGACGAUGAGGGCUUGCAACAAGCGUCACCUGCCAUGUCUGAGGCCGAGGCCGAGUCUACUGAACCGCCGGCAGCAUUUCGAUUUGCUCAAGAUCUCACCUUUGCGAUGCUCACCCAUGUCCUGCGUCACCCGAUGCACAAGCCCUCUCCCUAUGCUCGCUCCAAUCUCAAUCCUUAUCUCACAGUCGUUCUCACUUUCCUCGCUACUAUCAUCAAACAUCAACAAACUCUACUCGCUAUCGAACGUGCCGUCCCUUGGGACGAGUUGGUGUCAUUUUUUUCCAACAUUCCCAGGCAUGUGAUGUCGUCACAGGGCCUGCUUGACGGCGGGUCCUCUCGAGAAGAACGAUGGGCUAUGAUCACGACUGGAUGCGCACCCCCAUUACCAGAGGACUGGUGUCUGCGUGGCAUGGAAUGGGUUGCUCGCAAAGUUUACCAACACGGCUUUUGGAAAUCGGGCGAGGAUAAGCGCGCUGAAAUGGAGGUUCUCGACGACGCGGAAACUAUCGAAAUCACUGAUGGUCGCAUUGAAGACGAUUCAGAUGGAGAAGAGGGUAGCAAAUCAGACUCCAAAAGUGCGGGGGAUGGCGAGCUUGCUCGUAGAUGGGUUCGUGUUGCACGAUGUGCCGUCGGAAUCGCAGAUGUUGUCGAAGGUUUCACCUGGGUGGUAGGGACCAGACAAUGGCGUAUUGAAGGGUCACUGGCAGCUAAAACAAUCUCGUGGAAAGAAGAAGAUCGCAGACAGAAAGAGGACGACGAAAAACGUAGAUUGGGUAGUCGUUGGACUGACGACUCGAUGGAUGUGGACCAAGACAAUCUCGAAUCACUUUCUGAAGGAAGCGACGAUGAUGCUGAUGAUUCAGAGCAAGUCAGAGCAUUGAAGGCGCGCCGUAACUACCUCCAAAGCCUUCUAUCUUCCGACCAGUACAAAGCCAAAUUAUCUCCCUCGAGUCGCUCUGGGCCCCGCUCUUCACAGGCCACUCAUGUUGCUUUACCGAUCGUCCCAGGUUACACAAUCCUCGUAAUCGACACCAACAUCCUUCUUGCGUCACUCUCAAUGUUUUCCUCGCUUGUGGAAAGCUUCCGGUGGACUAUAGUUGUUCCACUACCCGUCAUUAUGGAGCUCGACGGAUUGUCGUCCAACCCGUCGCAGCUUGGCGAGGCGGCACAAGCUGCCAUGUCAUAUCUUUCAACCCAUAUCCGCUCUCAUUCGACUUCUCUCAAAGUACAGACUUCAAAAGGGAAUUACUUGACGUCCUUGAAUGUCCGCGCGGAGCAGGUUGACUUUACGAAUGGAACAACCGAACGCAACAUGGACGAUCUCAUUCUCAAGGCGGCUAUUUGGCAAGACGAGCACUGGGUUGACCGUUCCACCAUUCUCAAAUCAAAUGCCGUCACCACAGAUAAGACCAUCAAAGUUGUCCUUCUCAGUCUCGAUCGCAACUUGCGACUGAAGGCUCGUUCACGGCAACUUGCUGCCGCAAGCGAGAGGGAUCUUGCCAUGAUCCUUGUCUCCGGCACUUAA